AUGAUGAAGAAGAAUCCAUUGAAGCUGGAUGAAGAUAAGGAAGGUGAUGAUGGAAGUAAAGUCAAAGAUGGUACAAGUUCAAGCAACAGCAUAGUUGAAGAAGGUGAGAAGAAGGCGAAUUCAAAUGCAGUUCGGCCGUAUGUGAGAUCAAAGAUGCCAAGGCUACGAUGGACCACCGAGCUUCAUCUUUCGUUUGUUCGAGCGGUGGAGAGACUCGGCGGUCACGAGAGAGCUACUCCAAAGCUGGUCAUGCAACUAAUGAACAUCAAGGGUCUUAGUAUUUCUCAUGUCAAGAGCCAUUUACAGAUGCAUCGGAGCAAGAUGAUCAAUGAUCAGGGUCAAGUUCUAAACAACAGGCACCUUUUGGGAAGUCGUCUCUGGCAUCAGUCCAAGGUUCACGAUCAUCUAAGAGUAAUCAGCGAUAUUCCAUGGAGUGCUGUCCAUGGGAAUUCAAUGUCCGAUUCUUACUUGAGUAAUUGCAUAAAUAGUACAAGGAAAACUGGUUUUAGUCAUUCAAACAUGAAUGAAGAGUUUGGUUCAAACACAAGGAAUGAGGCUGUCUAUAUGAAUAAUAACUUCAUCUUCAACCAGCAACCUGUCGGGGAAAUGGAAGAGCUUCAGGACCAACUACAAAUGCAGCCAAUGGUAAUGCAUACGCAUCCCACUUCUGCAAACAAAUGGCUAGGAAGAGGAGAAGAAAGGCAAAGAAUAAACAAAAGAAAACCGGCUGAGGAGGACCUUGAUUUGAGCCUCUCAUUGAGCUCAAAGCUGAAGCAACAAGUUAGGAGAAAUAUAUCAAAUGAAGAAGAAGAAGAAGCCGCCAAUAGCAAUUUGUCUCUUUCAUUAGCUUAA